AACAUAUAUCACCAUGCUUUCUCGUUUGAUUCCAAAACCCUACUCCCAUCUCAGACGCUUCCUCUCUCCCUCCCCAAAACCCUACACGUUCCCGCCGCAAACCAAAAUCCCCAAUUUGCCCCUCAAUCCCUUCUUCACCGCCACUCCCAAACCCUUCUCCACCAACAACAAUAACAAUGGCAAGGGGAAGGAACCGUAUUCUCCACCCGCGUGGAAGGACUUUCGCGACACUGAAGAAAAUUUCCCUGCUUUCUUCGACGAUGAAGAAAUGAACAACAUGCCUCCGGGGGAAAAUCGAGGAGGAGAAGAAGAAUGUUUUCCUUUGGGGAGGAAGGAGGAGAAUAAGGUGGUGGAGGAGGAGAAAUGGUACUUGCAAGAGAAGGGUGUUGAUGAUGAAGAUGAGAGUUCAAUAUUCAAAGGGAUUGAUAAUGAGGGAAAUAAAGUAAAAGAUGGUUCUGGUGGGCACCUUGGGGUGGGUGCAUCGGAUUUUCAACCUUGGAGCUUGAAGGAGGAGAAGGAUGGUGAUGAAGUGAAGGAAGAUGAUGUGUUUGCUUUUCAAGACGAGAAUAUUGAAGGGAUGAAGGGUGAGUUCAGUGCUGUGGAAGGUGAAAAAAGUAAGGAAGAUAUUGAGAAGCUUGAGAAGGAAGAGAAAGAGCUCACUGCUGUACUCAAAGGCCCAAACCGAGCUUUUGGUGAUUUGAUUGCUGCUUCUGGAAUCACGGAUGAAAUGCUUGACAGUUUGAUUGCGUUGAAAGACUUAGAAGGAGUCGAGGGAUUGCCCCCUCUUAGAGUAAUAGAAGACAUGCGCUACGAGAGGAAUACUAGAAAAUCCACUAGAGCUGAAAUGGAGCGUCUAAAGCAAGAGGAAGCUGCAAAAGCAAGAGUGAGACAAGUUGACGAGAAAGGACGUGCUUAUGGAACGGGAAGAAGAAAAUGUAGCAUAGCACGUGUCUGGGUUCAACCUGGUGAUGGUAAAUUUAUUGUUAAUGAUAAAGAAUUUGAUGUUUAUUUCCCUAUGCUUGAGCAUCGUGCUACUCUCCUUCGACCUUUCUCCGAGACAAAGACAUUAGGACUUUGGGAUGUCAGUUGUACUGUGAAAGGAGGCGGUGUUUCAGGUCAAGUUGGAGCAAUACGAUUGGGAAUCAGCAAGGCUUUGCAAAGCUGGGAACCAGAUUUGCGUCCUGCACUAAGAAACGCUGGCUUCCUGACAAGGGACGCAAGAGUGGUAGAGAGGAAAAAACCAGGAAAGGCCAAAGCAAGAAAAAGCUUCCAAUGGGUCAAGCGUUAAUACUUUCAACAUCUUUCCCUCUAUAUGGGUAUUUUUUGUGAGGAUAAUUGGUGUUCUCUCAAUAAAUUCUUAAAGUUGGUUCAAUCUUGUAAUGCAUCACCUGUGAUGUAAUCUAGGAUUUGAUGGCCAAUGAUGAUACUGUAAUUGUAGAAAAUUUUGUUUACCCGGAAUUAUCAUAUCAUAUUGUUAUGAUUCAUUCACUUUUUGGAGAGAA